CGGGAAUUCCGGAACAAGGGCAACUGUCACUCUGGCCUGACAAUCACAUUUGUCAUGAGUCAAAACAUUAACCUUACUUUUUCCAUCCAUCAUCUAUUUCUACUUUUUGAAAAAAAUAUUUGAAAUGGGUAAACUCAACGUGACGGUUAUGCGUUACUUGACGCCAGAGGAUUUCCGUGUCCUCACAGCUGUUGAAAUGGGGAUGAAGAACCAUGAGUUGGUACCAGGACCAAUGGUUGCCUCCAUAGCAAACCUACAGCAUGGUGGAGUCCAUAAACUUCUGAGAGAAUUGUGUAAACACCGUCUGUUAAGCUACGAACGAGGCAAAAAGUAUGAUGGGUAUCGCCUCACCAACACAGGAUAUGAUUAUCUGGCUCUUCAUAGUUUAACAAAACGAAAUGUAGUUGGGUCUUUUGGUAAUCAAAUUGGAGUCGGAAAAGAGAGCAAUAUUUAUAUUGUAGCAGACCCUGAAGGUGAAGAACUAUGCUUGAAGCUACACAGAUUAGGCAGGGUGUGUUUCAGAAAAGUGUCAGAGAAAAGAGAUUAUCACAAACACAGAAAAUCAGCUUCUUGGUUGUACCUUUCCAGAAUAUCGGCUACUAAAGAGUUUGCUUAUAUGAAAGCCUUACAUGACAGAAAAUUUCCUGUGCCUAAACCUAUGGAUUUUAACAGACACUGUGUUGUUAUGGAAUUGAUUAAGGGCACACUUUUAAACCAUGUUAUGGAAGUACAAAGUGUUGAAGCAUUGUAUGAUGAACUUAUGAACCUAAUAGUUCGCUUUGCUGAUUCAGGAGUGAUACAUGGUGAUUUCAAUGAAUUUAACAUCAUUUUAACAGAGGAUGAAAAACCUGUUAUAAUAGAUUUUCCUCAAAUGAUAUCAACACAACAUCCAAAUGCAGAGUUUUUUUUCAAUAGAGAUGUUAAUUGUAUAAAGGAUUUUUUCAAGAAAAGGUUUGCAUUUGAGAGUGAGUUGUUUCCAAAAUUUGUUGAUGUUGAAAGGGUAGAUAAUUUAGAUGCUGAAGUUUUGUGUUCUGGCUUUACAAAGCAGAUGUCGAAGCAUAUUAACAAAGAGUUAGGCAUAGAAAAUAGUAGUGAAUCUGACAGUGAUGGUGAUGAAAAUGAAGAAAAACGUGAGGAAAGUUGUGUAAAUACAGACAAAGGCCAUUCAGAAGAAAGUGAGUCUAUUCAAGAUGAAAAUGCAUGCAAAAUUAAUGAGUAUGCUAGCAUAGAUUUGAUAUUUGAUAAAAUGAAGAUUGAAAAUCAGUCUCCUGAUAAGCAUGAUGCUGAUGGUUCUGUGUUGUCAAGUGAAGAUUGUGACAAUGGAAGUUUGUGGUCAUCAGCUACGACAAUUCCCCCAGAUGAAAUUAAAAAAAGAGUCAAAAAACAAAUUUUGAAUAAGGAGACAAGGGUUCAGAGGAAGAAAUGUGUGGCUAAAGGUGAAGCAAGUGCUGUCACUAGAUCAAGAAGAGAAAAUUUGAACACAAUCAAGGGUAGCAAAGGAAUUUGGGAUGAUUAAGUCUAUUUUAAUGUAAGAUGUAUUGAAGUUAAGCAGAAUAAAGUAAUUUUUAUAAGUAAAGCUUUAUUCAUUCAUAAG